GCCGGAAGAUGCACACGAAAGCUCUUAUCCUUUUUUCCCUGAGGAGUAAGGUUUCUUUGAGAUGUAAGGUUUCCUGAGGUGUAAAGGACCACGCGACCUUGAUGAGACAACAGAGAUCGUGUGGUCUGUGUCCGAGAGCAGUUCUGACUAUAAUUACCCUGCUAAUCGGGCAAGCUGGAGGUGUUACUUGAGGAGCUGUCUUGCCAGUCCUUCGUCUGGUUUCGGCCGGACCUUUCCGUGGUGUGGACGAUUUCCGUUGUGUUUGUACCGGCGAGUUCGCACAAUGCACGGAAUUUGUGUCUGCAUACUUCAUCACCCACGACGCCGUGCGGCAGGAGGGGCUCUAAGUCGGUAUUGACCAGCCCCCCCGGCCAAAUCGAGCUGAUAUAGUAGGUGCACUUCUGACCCUCAUUCCGAUAGUUGUCGGGCUGCCUCGUGGGGCUACCCCCCCACCAAUUUGUGCCUACAUAAUGCACAAGACACGAGACGCCUCACAGGCAGGGAGGGUGCACAUUAUGUCCAACGGUCAAUUUAGACACGUACCGAAAAACCAUGGCGCAGCCCUUCCUUUUGGAUUGCUUGCAAAUGUCCAGCACCUGUGGUCAAGGCGCUGAGUGGCGGGAUCGCAUUCCUGUAAGCCACACGACACGAACCACCAAUUUCCACACAGAAAUCGCAGCAAUUUGGGCGCAGUCCCGAAAGUAUAUAUGCGUCUGCAAACCUCUCUCAUGACGAUGCCGAUAAGGAAAAUGAUGUCUUUUUUCCUGCCGCCAACAUCUCGCGUAGUAUUGAACAUUGACUCCAAAUCAGCCUACGCCAAAACAGGCAGCAAAACGUCAGGGAGGAGUCGACUAAACCGUUUUCCUGCUCUUACGACGCUCGAUGGUUCCGCAAGCUUGCCACCUCUCGCCCGACACCUCUCCUGGUGGCCGAAAUAGUCAUCAUACUCGGGCUGGAUCUCAUAGCGGAAAUAGCGGUCUCGUGUGGUGUUGUCGGACUGUGUGCGGGAGGGAUGCCCAGGAUAUAUACCCUUAGUAACAAUAGUAGCAGUUAAAACUAGAGCCAGUAAGAACAAACUGUGGAGGGCCAUGUCUUGUGCCGAAGCCCUCAUGACGUUAAACGGUCGAUCACUCGUUCUAUUUCGACCGCCUCAGCUCUGAGACCACUCACGCUGGAAUACUGACUU